AUGUCAAUUCGGAGCCUUCGUUAUUUGCCUUUUGGUGCUUAUUCAAUAUUUCGAUGGCUUUUAAUUUUUCAGCAAUUAUUUGCCGAUAUUCCUGAAAUUCAAUCACAAAUAGAACAUGUCAAUUCUGGCGACUUUCGCUUAAUAGGUAUUUUUUCCAACUCUCUGCAUUUUAAUGCUACUUCUCGCCGAUGCAGCCAAUUAAGUACCGGAGAUAUACAACUUACACAAGCUAUGAUCUAUGCUCUUAAUAAUAUAAUCAAUAAUAAUACCAAAUUGCUGCCAGGUAUCAAUCUUGGCUGGACCUUGAUCGACUCCUGUUCGUCACGAGAAGUAGCCAUCACAAAAUUGGCCUCUCAUUUAAUACAAGAUAAACAAAGGCAGUCCUAUUUAGCUCACUGUCAAAAUGGACGUAAUUUAAAUUCUUCUAAAAUUUUAUGUCGUACAUUAUCUGCAAGUGGUACAAGUAUUGAAGAGAAUUCUCCAGGACAUGUGGUGGGAGUUGUAGGAGAGAGAUCGGAUUUUAUCACCACUUCUUUAGCUUCGCUUACGAGUAGUCUUGGCUAUUCUCAAAUUAGUUACUUUUCCAUAUCUUCCCUAUUAAGCGAUCGUAAACAUUUUCCUUAUUUCUACCGAACCUCGGCAUCCUCCACGAUUCAUAGGCAAAUUAUUUUUGAUAUCGUUAAAGUUUUCCAAUGGAACUGGAUAUCCAUAGUCAUUGCUGGUACUGCAGAGGUAGAAAAUUCCUAUCAAAUGAUAUCUACUUUGGCCCAAACUCACGGUAUAUGUUACCAUACUGUUUCUAGAAUUUAUGACAAUUAUACGACAUCUGAUCUGAUUGACAUUGUUACAAAAUGGAAGAGCCAAUCCAAUUCACGUGUUGCUGUUUUAUUUGGACAAGAAUCAAUCAUUUAUGAUCUGCUUAAGCAAGCAGAAGCUCAAAAUGUGGUCGGUAUUACCUUUGUGGGUACCUAUAAUUGGUUAAGUUCGCCUCGUAUCCACACUAUUCGAGCCGAGAUUAUUGGAGGAGCGAUAGGCAUAACAUUUAGCAAUGAAGCAUUACAUGGCUUUAAAAACUAUCUUAACCAACUUGAUUUCUGCAACAACCUUGAAAACCCGUGGUUUAUAGAACUGUGUCGCGAAAAAUUAAAUCAUUUAGGAUUGGAUUUCGAUUCAAUUUUAGAAAAUUGUACAGUAGAUAGGGUUAUAAAACAAGAAGUUUUAAAUUCGUUUUUUAAAGCAGAUUUUGUCGCUGGAUAUGUUAUUGACGCAACUUUGGCAUAUGCUCAAGCAUUGCAUAAGGCUCUUGGUUGUAAUACAACUCACUGUCCAUCUGGAUAUAAUACUAGUUUCAAUCGUCAACAAUUUAACAAAGUUUUAAGAAAUAUACGAUUUACCGGGGUAACAAGUCCAGAUAUUACCUUCCGAUCUGAUGGUGCGGUAGAAUCUUACUUUGAUGUUAUCAAUUUACAAAGAACAACUUCUAAUUCACAGGCAAAGGUCAAAAUUGUCGAAGUAGGGUACUGGAAUAAAACGCAAGGUCUAAUGAUCAAUAAAAGGAACAUUAUAUGGAAUGGAAAUCGAUCAUGGUUUAACAGUCCUUUGUCGAAAUGUUCCAGCGAUUGCCCUCCUGGCUAUUAUUUAUAUCAAGAUCCUAAUAUUUCACUAUCAUUACGACCAUGCUGUUGGAAAUGUCGAAAAUGUCCCCAAAAUAUGAUCUCAAAUGAGAGCAAUAGUCCCCAUUGCCAAUUAUGUCCCGAUGUAACCCUACCCAAUGAUAAUAAUACAAAAUGUGCUGAUCCUGUAUUAAUUCAAUCGAAAUUUGAUAGACCUUUAGCUAUUACAUUUAUUAUAUUAGCUUCGGCUAAUUUGUUUGUAGUAAUGGGCAUUUGGAUAGUCAUGAUUCGCCAUAGAAAUUUCCCUGUAGUUAAAGGAUCCAAUUUCAUCUUAAUCAAUAUACUAUUGUUGUUUAUCAUAGCGUGCAUUCCAACAGCUUUCUUGUACAUACUGCCUCCAUCUAUUCCAAUUUGUCUAGCAAGAAUGUUCUCUUCUACUACUAGCCAAGUUGUUUUUGCCUUCCCGAUUACUAUUCAUCAUGAAGUAACAAAUAAGCAGCUGAUAUUUAUAUGUCAGAUUCCCAAUAGAUAUAGUAGUCUAAACUUAAUUGUAUGGCUAUGUUUGAUUGGCUCAGCUUGUUUGGUUCUAGCAUUUAGAGCACGAUUGUUACCUGAAAAUUUUAAUGAAUCUAGAUAUAUUUAUUUAUCGUCCAUCUUGAUCGUUGUUGUCGAAAUAUGUACUAUUCCAACGACCGUGAUUCUAUUCGGUGAAAUUGCAGAUAGUAUCACAGCUUUAACCACUCUUUUUUUUGGUAUUUCACCAAUGCUAUGUUUGUUUCUUCCUAAAAUAUAUGUUAUCUAUUACCGCCCUGAAUUAAAUAAUCGGCAAAUAGCAAUGGCGGAAAUUACUAGUUAUAAUUUUAAAAAUUCUUUGAAGACAAAACCUGUGGAAGUACUUGCCGAUGCCAGCGCUGAUUCUGUUCAACCAGACAACAACCCUCAAGAUCAAAGAAAGACCAGCAAUCAAGUUCAUCCUCGCAAAUGA